AUAACAUUCAGUGUUACUAUUAUCGCUAUUAAUUUGUUAACCAUCGCCUAACUAACUGUUAUUCAAUCAGCUAAAUCCAAACCUGACAAAAGUGUAAUUUCACCAUCUAUUUUGUCCACUGUGCUGCACAAACCAAACAUUGAAUGUUUAGAUGCCAAACUAGGCCACAGGGUUUCUUGCACAACCUCAGUGACGUUUAUUGCGUGUGGUGCUCCUGUUCACAAGAGACCUUUGACCCUGAAAUUGUUUUGCGGCCCUUGAGCUCUUCAGCACAGCGGGAUCAGGACAGGACUGGGAAUCGGGAGUUCAAAAACAUAUAAUCUGCUGGUUUCCACAGUGAAGGAGUUUUGACAUCUGCACUAGUCAUGGUGUUCCUCUGCGCGGAUCUGCUGUGCUGCUGGUGUUCUCUGGCCGCUCUGGCGCUCAUCGCCGCGGUCUGGUUCUUCCGAGACUCCCGUCAGAUCACCGGCAUCCACGAGAAGCACGUCCUGGUGACGGGCUGCGAUAGCGGCUUCGGAAACCUCGCGGCGCGGCAGCUCGACCGGCGGGGUUUUCAUGUAAUCGCCGCGUGUCUCACGGAACCUGGUGCCUCCAGAUUGCGCGCCGCGGCCUCCCCCAGACUGAAGACGCUUCUGCUCAAUGUUACCGACAGCGCGAGCAUCGAGCGCGCGCUUGAGCGCGUGCGCAGCGAGACCAGGGAGAGAGGUCUGUGGGGUUUGGUGAACAAUGCGGGCAUCUCGAUUCCCAUCGGUCCCAUGGAAUGGAUGCAGGUGGAGGACUUUAAGAAGGUUCUGGAUGUAAACCUCAUGGGUCUUAUCGACGUGACCCUGAAGUUUCUUCCUCUGCUGAAAAAGGCUCGCGGUCGGGUGGUAAACGUAGCCAGCAUACUGGGCAGAAUUUCACUCAUCGGGGGAGGAUAUUGCCUUGCUAAAUAUGGUGUGGAAGCCUUCUCCGAUAGCUUGAGGAGAGAUAUGAUGCACUUUGGAGUGAAGGUAAGUAUCAUUGAACCAGGCUUCUUCAAGACACAAGUAACAAAUCUGAACCUUAUUGAAGGUGAUCUGAAGGAACGGUGGAACAUCCUCCCAGCAGAGGUCAGGAGAAGCUACGGAGACUCAUACCUGCAGGACUAUAUAAAAGUGCAGGAGUUCUCCAUGAAGAUGCUGGCUAGCAGCGACCUUUCCAAAGUGACGUCAUGCAUGCAGCACGCUCUUUCAGCACGUUAUCCCCGAACGCGCUACAGCGCAGGCUGGGACGCCAAGUUCUUCUGGAUUCCCCUCUCGUACCUGCCUACAUGUAUAACAGACACCUUCACCAACAUUAUGAUGCCUUCCGUGAAGGAGAGCUAAAUUACUGAAAAUGGCAUUACAGCUCAACAUAUCAUCUUGUUUGUGAAUAUUUGUCUUUGAAAUUGUGAUUGCUGAUGCAACAAAUACCACACAGCCAUGCAUCUUUAAAAAAAAAAUCUGCUGAUUUGCAAAAUAGGCCUAAUACUACUGAUAAAAAUCAGCAAGUGAGUUCAUCAUGUACAGCAGUUAAAUGUUAGAAGUUUUAUAUCAUUUUUACUUACAAUCUUGGCAUAAAAGGCAUAAAAGAAGGUCUUCAGAAUCAUUCAUAUAUGUGAAAAUGGGCUUUGAGUUGAACAAAUGGUUGCAGCCUGACUCCUAGUAAGAUGGGAAAAAUGUAUGUGGCAGUUUUUCUGCCGAUUAAGGGAAAAUACACUACUUCUUCACAUUACAAAUAGUUGUUGAAAGCAAAAAUGCUAUGAAUUGCAUCAUAUUUUGUGACAAAGUGAUGUAUGGAGCAAAACAGGCACUGUUUUUGCAAUCAGCACCUCAAAAAAAUAAAAAAAUAUUGAAUUUCAUUCAGCAAAUAUGAUGCAGGGCAAAUAUGAUGCAAAUAAAUAUACCUUUUAUAUAUUGUUGCAUUUUCUAUGAAUAAAGUACCCUUUGGUGUCCCACAAU